AUGUAUAGAUGUAGAGCCCUAAAUUCCCACCCCAGCAGGAAAACUAUCUCCCGUUAUGAAGCAUUGCAAGAGCUCACAACCAGGCCCCAUCUCCAGCAUGCACAGCAGCCCCUGGGAGGGUCCAAGCCAGCGGACCUAAGGAAUGGCACCAUGGUGACACAGUUCAUCCUCGUGGGCUUUGAGCAGAGCUCCCCUUCCACUCGGGCAUUGCUCUUUGCCCUCUUCCUAGCCCUCUACAGCCUUGCCAUGGCCAUGAAUGGCCUCAUCAUCUUCAUCACCUGGACAGACCCCAGGCUCCACAGCCCCCUGUACUUCUUCCUUGGCCACCUGUCCUUCCUGGAUGUCUGCUUCAUCACCACCACCAUCCCACAGAUGCUGAUCCACCUGGUGGGGAAGAACCAUGUUGUCUCCUUUGCCUCGUGCAUGAUGCAGAUGUACUUGGUCUUCUGUGUGGGCGUGGCUGAGUGCAUCCUCUUGGCUUUCAUGGCCUAUGACCGUUAUGUUGCUAUCUGCCACCCACUUAGCUGUGUCCAGAUCAUGAGCCGGCAGGUCUGUGCGAGGCUGGUGAGUACUGCCUGGUUCUUUGGACUGAUCAAUGGCAUCCUGCUUGAGUAUAUGUCAUUCCGGAAUCCCUUCUGCAGAGACAACCACAUAGAAAACUUCUUCUGUGAGGCCCCCAUAGUGAUCGCUCUCUCCUGUGGAGACCCCCAGUUUAGUCUGGAAAUGAUCUUUGCUGAUGCCAUCGUGGUGCUGCUCAGCCCCAUGGUGCUCAUUGUCAUCUCCUACGCCCGCAUCCUGGCCUCCAUCCUGGGCAGAGCCUCCUCCUCUGGUCGGGGGAAGACCUUCUCUACUUGUGCCUCCCAUCUGACUGUGGUCAUCUUUUUCUACACCUCGGCCAUGUUCUCUUACAUGAACCCCCGCAGCACACACGGUCCUGAUAAAGACAAGCCUUUCUCCCUCCUCUACACCAUCGUCACCCCCAUGUGCAACCCCAUCAUCUACAGUUUUCGAAACAAAGAAAUGAAGGGGGCCAUGGUGAGGGCCCUUGGGAGGAGCAGCCUUUCCCAGGCAGAGUCUGUCUAG